CAGCGAGCAAUGGCAAUGGCAGCAGUGGCGUCGCCGACCAUGGAGGUCGAUCAGGACCUCCCCGGCUUCCGCUUCCACCCCACGGAGGAGGAGCUCCUCGGCUUCUACCUCUCCCGCGUCGCCCUCGGCAAGAAGCUCCACUUCGACAUCAUCGGCACCCUCAACAUCUACCGCCACGAUCCCUGGGAUCUUCCUGGGAUGGCAAAGAUCGGGGAGAGGGAGUGGUACUUCUUCGUGCCGCGUGACCGGAAGACGGGGAGCGGCGGGCGGCCGAACCGGACGACGGAGCGGGGGUUCUGGAAGGCGACGGGGUCAGACAGGGCCAUCCGGAGCACCGCCGACUCCAAGCGGGUCAUCGGCCUCAAGAAGACGCUCGUCUUUUACCUGGACCGCGCACCGCGGGGCACCAAGACGGACUGGGUCAUGAACGAGUACCGCCUCCCCGACACCGGCGCGCCGCCGCCCCAGGAGGACACGGUGCUGUGCAAGGUGUACCGGAAGGCCACGCCGCUCAAGGAGCUCGAGCAGAGAGCCUUUGAGAUGGAGGAGAUGAAGCAAAGGUCCGGCAGCAACGGUGGGUACGACUACAGUGGCGUGGCCAGAGCGUGCCCUGUCCCGGCAGCCGGCGACUUCUACCUAUCGCCGUCCGACGACGUCCAGGACAACUUCCUGAUCCCCUCCUCGUCGUCGUCGUCGUCGGUGGCGCUGUCUGGCAAAAGCAGCAGCCACGACGCGCCCAGGGUAGCUAAGAAGGAAGCAGACGUCGCCACGGUGAACGUGCCCUUCCAUCGGCAGCUCCCGGCCGUGAACCCACCCUGCGGCCUCCAGCUCCAGGAGGCGAACCACGGGAUGUCGAAUAUGUCAAGCCUGGAGCUACCGGCGGCGAACCAUGGGCUGUCAAACAUGUCCAACCUGCGGGUACCGGCGGCGAACCAGGGUGUGCUGGACCUACCCAGCCUGCAGCUCCCUGCGGCGAGCAGCCGCGGAGUGUUCGACUGGCUAAAUGACCCGUUCCUGACGCAGCUGCGCAGCCCGUGGCAGGACCAGCAUUGCAUGUCCCCUUACGCCCAUCUGCUCUACUAAUCAGAUGCAAGACGUGCAAAGAGCAAGUAUGCAAAACUUGAAGCAGAGUAGAUGGUUAGCUGUAAAUUCAGUUGUGCAUACGAACCUAGACGUCAGUCUC